AAGACCUAUAAGAGCCUCUUUCAUUUCAUCGACGCCUUUCAUCUCUCGCAGGACAGACAGAGAGAGAGAGAGAGAGGUGUCGAGAUUCCCGCCGUUCCUUUCUCGUUUUUCCUCCGCCGAUCUCGCUUCAAAGGGACAAGUGUUUGUUCACCGAUGGCUGCCGCACAACCUGCUUCCUCUGGUGGUCCGCGUUAUGCACCGGAGGACCCGACACUUCCCAAGCCAUGGAGAGGUCUGGUUGAUGGGAGCACUGGGUAUAUUUAUUUUUGGAAUCCAGAGACCAAUGUGACCCAGUACGAGAGGCCCGCUUCAACCCCACUCCCGGGCCCCCCUCCAUUGCCUAUUCCGAAGUCUGCCUCAGUAUCUGUAAGUUCUUCAGUGCAAAUUCAGCAGUCAUUGGGUUCUGCCAGUCAUGGACAUAAGCAGCAUCAUUCUAACGAAGAUGAUAGUCGAUAUCAUGGAGGUAGUAAGAGUGGGCCAAAGCUUGCAUCAAUUCCUGGAGAGCGGAGCCAUCUGGGUACGAGAAGUAGUUCACACUCGCAGAAUGUCCCAAAUGGCUCAGCCAAUGCUGGGCACGGAAGUGCUGGUGUGCAUAAUCACGCUCCUGGUGCACAGACAUUGAGAUCGUCAGCCAGAGGGCAUGGUUCCUCGGAUAUGGGAGGUGGUUUAUCUGUGGAGUCAUAUCGCCGUCAACAUGAAAUAAGUGCUUCUGGAAAUGAUGUGCCUGCGCCAUUUAUGACGUUCGAUUCUACUGGUUUUCCUUCAGAGAUCCUCAGAGAGGUAUGUCUUGCUUCGGUCUUCACUUCUGACUACUAUCUGCGUGCAAUCUGGUUUCUAGAAUAUGAUGUACACCAUGCUGGAUUUUCUGCUCCCACUCCGAUUCAAGCCCAAUCGUGGCCCAUUGCUUUACAGGGUCGUGACAUUGUGGCCAUUGCAAAGACGGGCUCGGGGAAAACCUUGGGAUAUCUUAUCCCAGGUUUUAUUCACCUGAAACGCUGCCGCAACAAUUCGAAAGCGGGCCCCACUGUUUUGGUUCUGUCACCGACAAGGGAGCUGGCGACACAGAUACAGGAAGAAGCUGUGAAGUUUGGCAGGUCAUCCAGAAUUUCUUGCACGUGUUUAUAUGGAGGAGCCCCAAAGGGUCCCCAGCUUAGAGAUAUAGAACGAGGAGCAGAUGUUGUGGUUGCAACUCCUGGGCGGUUGAAUGAUAUUCUGGAGAUGAGAAGAGUCAGUCUUCGUCAAGUUUCUUAUCUGGUUCUUGAUGAGGCAGACCGCAUGCUGGACAUGGGUUUCGAGCCUCAGAUACGGAAGAUUGUGAAGGAAAUACCUGCUCGCCGCCAGACUCUCAUGUACACUGCAACGUGGCCAAAGGAAGUCCGCAAAAUUGCAGCUGAUUUGCUGGUUAAUCCAGUUCAGGUCAACAUCGGUAGCAUAGAUGAGCUGGUUGCGAACAAGGCCAUCACUCAGUUUGUUGAAGUGACAACACCUAUGGAGAAGCAAAGGCGGUUGGAACAGAUCCUGCGGUCCCAAGAACCAGGUUCCAAGGUAAUCAUUUUCUGCUCAACCAAGAGGAUGUGUGACCAGCUGGCCCGCAGCAUCACUCGUCAGUUUGGGGCUGCUGCUAUCCAUGGCGACAAAUCUCAGGGUGAGAGGGAUUGGGUGUUGAACCAGUUCCGCACAGGGAAGUCUCCUAUUCUUGUCGCUACUGAUGUGGCUGCACGAGGACUGGACAUAAAGGACAUCAGGGUGGUUAUCAACUAUGACUUCCCUACAGGAAUUGAGGACUAUGUUCACAGAAUCGGAAGGACUGGGAGGGCAGGUGCCACCGGAGUGGCAUAUACCUUCUUCUGUGAUCAGGAUGCAAAGUAUGCACGAGAUCUCAUCAAGGUUCUAGAGGGUGCCGGCCAACGAGUUCCUUCAGAGGUACGUGACAUGGCUAUACGUGGUGGGGGAGGUAGGCAUCGUAGCCGAUGGGGUUCAGGGUCCAAUGGUCGCGAUCGAAGCCGUGGCGGCAGAGAUGAUUCCAACCAUGGUGGCAGGGGUGGGCGGGGCCCUCCCCCAUCUUCAGGCAGGCCAGAGAGAGGCCGUGGUGGGCGGGGACGGGAUGACCGUGAGCCUCGAGACAGGUAUCGGGAUGGGCAUGAUAUGGAUGUGCGUGGGAGACCUGACAGGGGCUUCCCUGCUGACAACAUUGACCGCCGAGUGGGAGAAAGGGGUCGAGGUCGAAGCCUUAGCCCGGCCGCAAAGAAGGGGCAAGUAUGGAGUGGUGGCCACGGCCAUAGUAGAAGCCGCAGCCGUAGCUUUGACAGGCACGUUGGGGCCCGCCCGGUGCGCAAACGCUCUCCACUCCCAAAGAGGAAUGAUGGUUCACCAACCGUUAACAAACUGGUGGACCGUUCACCACCACCUCACGAGCAGCAGUGGGGAUCUCCAUAUGAGAACGAAGAUGCCGGUGAGUUUGUCGAGCCAGCACGCUCCCCACACAGCCCCCAAAGGGAGCGGUCGCGAUCGCCAGACAGCGGGAGGGAGCAGUCACGGUCACCAUACAAUGGGAGAGAGAGGGAAUCGGAGGAUGAUGGGCUGGGGCAGCAGCAGUGGGAAUUGUCCCCUCAAAAUGGAGAAGAAGAAGAGGCGGGAGAGUUUGCAGAGAAGCCCACAUGGCACCAGCAGCAUAGGUCAUCCUCUCCUUACCUGGUGGAGGAAGAAGAGGAGGGAAUGAUACCGGCGGAUGAGGAAGGUAUGAUACCAGAAGAUGAGGAUGGUGGGAAUUCUCCUUCGGCGAGAUCGGAUCCUCCCAACUGACUUAAACGCAAAUGUUGUGGUAGAUCCCAGCGGUGCUCUCAUGGUUUUUUUCCUAAUGAGAUGGGUGUAGCAGAUAUUAGCUUUGGUUGACUGUGUAAACGAGGAAAAUCCUUGCAUGUAAUGUAAUUUUAGUUGUGAUAUUUUGUUUUGGGGACAGAAAC